AUGACAGUAGGUUAGGUUGGUUAGGUGAAGACGACGACGACGACGAUUUUUCCGAUGACAGAUACUCAAAAUGGUAUGAUUCAGAAAUAGAUUUUUUAGAAAAAACGUACCCGCAUCUGAUGUAAACCCUGUAAAUAGAAUAGAAAAAAAAUAUAUACAGUAGGAACAAGUGUUACUUAUGUAAACCUAAUUUUCAUAUAUAAUCAAAUUAGAUUAAAGGGGAGUUACGCAUAACAUUAGAUAAGGGGAGAUCAGUACAUGGUCAUCGAUAAGGUAUCGAUAGGCGCAUGCGCGAGGGUUGGGUGUCGCCUUCUUCUCCUACGCACUUGACAUUUGACAAGAUGGCGAUGAUGAUGAUGAUGAUGAUGAUGAUGAUGAUGAUGAUGAUGGAUGCGACGGGAAACUUCCCUUCAGGAUGCCGGACUAGGGGAAAUGUUGUAAUGGACUGCCCAAGUAACGUUUUGACGGUGGUGGACGUGCCCUUACCCUUAAGGAUUACGAGGUUAGAACUAUGGAGAGUGCUGGAUUUUGAACUGAGGGGACAGUCCGCACCUAGCGUGACCUACGUUCAGAUCCGUUUUCCAAAGGGCGUCAACUGUACAGUGAUGGAGGAUUUGGGAUGGACUAAUGCCACCGUCGUCCUAGGGAAAACGACGUGUAACUGGACAGUUUCCGAUGAAACAACAGUAACACCAUCAACCAAGAAUAGUCCUCGUACCAGCACUAGGAGACGAACCACUACCACUUCCAUGACUAUCACCACCACCACCACCACGGAUAAUGACACCUGGUUCGACACGACACCCCUACCGCCGGGACUGCCGUUUGAAGUCGCCGCCAAUCAAACGACGACGACCACCGACAAGGCGAUAGAGGUCUCGACCAUCAAAGGCCUCGCUGAGCCGUCGUCGUUUAUCGACAGUGUCCUCUUCAUCGUUUUAAUCUGUCUGCUCGUGCUGGUUGUCCUGUUGAUGUGUUUAGCCAUCUUUUACGGGAUCAGGAGACGACUACGAUCGGUCAAGACGAUUCCGGAGACCAUGUCUAUGUCCACGCUGGAUUCCGAAUCGGACGUAGUUUUCUCCCUGAGAAGGCGUUCUUCACACGAGAAGAUGAACUGAU